AUGUCUCGACAGAUCAUUUUUAGGACCCCAACGUCCGUCCAACGGCAGCAACCCUUGCUGCAAAGCCGUUCUUCUUCCAAUUCCACCCGCUCCUCCGGUGUCGACAGCGGCAGAACCAGGAACGGUGCCAAGUUCGGGGAGUUUUGUGGGGGUAUGACAGCCGAGUGUGCUGCUAUCUGUUGCUGUUGUCCUUGUACCAUAGCAAACAUUCUAGUUUUAGCAUUUUACAAGGUUCCCGUAGGACUAUGUCUCCGCGCUCUCCGCCUGAAACGGCGGCGUAAGUUGCAGAAAAAAGGGUUGCUUCAGCCGAAUAACCGGGAACAUUGUGGGCUUGCUGGUAAUAGCGAGUUGCAGAUUUGUAUGGAGGAUGUUUUCCCGGAGGUGAAGGCGUGUGAAGAAACAGAGAAAGCUGUGGUGGAACUGGAAAAAGAGAUGUGGCAAAGAUUCUAUGGCACUGGAUUUUGGAGAAGUCCCUCUCAGAGAGAAGGAGAGUCGCCCAGAAUAAAUAAACAACCGUGA